AUCUUCUAGCACACCACCACCCCCCUGGUAGUAGUUCUGUCAUAGCUCCCUCCUGUCAACAAUCUAGUCAGCUGACAACACCAGAGACAUCCUCCCUCUUUGGAGAUGAAGUAGCUAUUCGUUCUUAUGCUGGCCUCAGUGCUAGCACUCAGGAACGAAUCAGGCGAUUUGAAAUGGAGACACGAGCUAUGCUUCACCGUGACCUGACUAAACACAGAAGAGAAACAGAAAGGAGAGAUGUGGAGAGGAGAAGACUAGAGGAACUCUGGCAGCGAGCUAAGCAGGACAUGGAAUCAGAAGAUAUCCUUGACCAAUUAGCUGACAACCCAACAGAGGUUGUGCGCAAGAUUUCUGACUACUCAUGGCGGCUUCAAGGGCUCAGUGAGAGUAUGGGUGGGGACCAAGGAUCACUAACUUCCCAGAGUUCCAGCACAAGUUCCCAGACUGGUCUCAUCUCAGCAGCCCUCUCUCACCAUCCCCUCUCUAACACUUCACUCACACCCACCACUAAUGCUACCACCCAGGUACCUAACAAUGACUUUCCACAACUUCCUACUAUUCAGGUUGAUAGCGAGCCUAUUUCAGGACUAGUAUGUGAAAGAACUAAUGAUGCAAAGCAUGGCCUAACACCACAGCAGUCACACCGUUGGCUUGAAUAUAAUGCAGCUUCGCCUCAUAGUACUUUAGGUUCUACUUCUUCCUCUAGUAGUUCAGGGUAUGGUAGUCUAACUCGUUCGUCUCUGCAACAUGAUGCUGAUUUCUUGACUGAAAAGCCAGUUGAAGAUUCCUACCAGAAUGAACAUUAUAAAAUUGGGAAGAAACCUUCCAGUACAACACAACAGUUGUCACCUUCAGUUCCAAAGAAAAAGAAAUCAAGUAAAGGUUCUGGUUUCCUGUUUGGCUUGACCUCAUCUUCUUCUUCUCCUUCCCUGUUUCCUUCAAUGGCUGAAGCUGGUACAGAACUAACCCCUACACGUAAAAUUGGGCAAACAAUAAUUUAUCCAGAAAGCCCUCGGCCACCACCUCACAAUAGUCGCCCUUCCUCACAGAAUCAAUCUUCUCACAUAACAGCACCCAGCUCUACACUAACUCCUCAGCCGAGCACCCCGAUCCUUGGGCGUCAAAAAGACUCACUGUUACACCACAUCCUACCUAGUCGUCUAUACCAUUCUCCCCGACCCCUUCGCCGAGGAUCCUCUGCUGAGAAUGUGACUCAGCCGCACGCCAAUACUCUCUCCCCUUCCACCUUUAACACCCAGAAGGUGGUUAAUAAUGGCACUUUGAAGAGAGCUAGAGCCAGCAGGGAUCAGGUUAUAAAUGGUCCAGAAAUGGGAAUGCCACGAUGUGGUUCCUUAGACUCAUUACGUGAUGGUUCACAUAUACCCCCUGAUGAUGCCCCAUGUGAACUUUCAACUGUAGUGGUAGAAAAGCCACCACAUGUUGCCAAGUCCUCGAUUAUGGGGGCAGCCAAGGGCCUCUUCGCUAAUAUUCAGUAUGCUAAAGUGUAGGCAAGGAAGGUAGUGAUUUGCUGAGCGCCAUCACUGCCACAUUUGAGGAGAAGAUGAGAAGUCUUCAGGAGUCCCCCUUGGGUUUGGUGACUCCGUGUUGGAGGACGCCACCC